CCCCCCGAACCUCAAACAAGUUCCUCCUCCGCUCCACUUCCCAAAAGCUGCGCGCCAACUGUUUCAAACUUUCCGGGGAGUAAUCGACGCAAACCAAACGACCACUCAUCUGCAAUCUGCGCAGCCGCCCGUGAGACCAUCGCGAUAUAACAACCAGGCCUGCCUCAGGUACAAUCAGAAUGAAUCGAUCCUUAUCUAUCCGCUCCAAGAAGGAUGCGUCCAGCAGUGGGGAGAAGGCGACACCGAAGCAUCGGUUUACUAUGGCAUCGCUCCGCGGCAUACAACAACCAGACUUGUCGAAGAAACUGUACAAGCUCAUAAAGACGGAGAACCAUGCUAUUGGCGCCUAUGAGUCGGCCGGACGCGAGCGCGUCGCCAUAGCCCAACAGCUCUCAGAGUGGGGCGAAGCUACCAACGACGAUGGCAUUUCCGAGGUCUCGGACAAGCUGGGAGUCUUGAUGGCAGAGAUCGCAGAGCAAGAAGACUCGUACGCCCAGUCGCUGGAAGAGUACAGGGGUGUCCUGAAGCAGAUCCGGAAUACGGAAAGCUCGGUUCAGCCCAGCCGCGACCACAAGGCGAAGGUGUCGGAUGAGAUCGCUAAGCUCAAGUACAAAGAGCCGCAGAGCACUAAGAUUGUCCAGCUUGAGCAGGAGCUCGUCCGCGCCGAGGCCCAGAGCUUGGUAGCGGAGGCACAAUUGACGAACAUUACUCGUCAAAAGUUCAAGGAAGCUUACGACAUCCACUUUGCAGCCACGAUCGAGCGCGCCGAGAAACAGAUCAUCUUAGCCAAGCAGGCUCGCCGCAUUCUCAACCUCCUUGACGACACGCCGAUCGUUCCAGGCGAUACCCACCCGGAGUUUGCGAACGGCGAGCAUGCUCGUCAGAUCCUCAAUGACGCCGAAGAUGAGCUUCGUAACUGGCAGCCAAACCUCGAGCCAAUCCACUCCACUGCUGGAACCCUAGGAGUCGGCGCCAUGCCUGGUGCUGAGCCAGCCUACGGAAGCGAAACUGGGCAAGAGGUCGAGCACCCGGCAUACAGGGAAAGAACAGCUCGCAGCAGGAGUCACAGCGGUGAAGGACACUCGAAUUUUCGUGUAGGACUAAUGGUCGGCUCCUAGAGCCAAAAAUGGAUGCCUUGAGGAAGCUUCAACAAGGACUUUGUUUCUGCGUGAUUGUCCUUAAAGCGCGUGACGGAGGCUGCCUGGACGUAUG